CAGCGGAUACCAACCUGGAGAAGUUUGACGGUGCGCUCAGCUGACAGGCUGUCGGUUACCAUUAGGAAACACGCUGCUCCGCAGGUUUGAUACAUGAAACAAUAUAUAUAAGCACAAUGAGAGAUAAGGGAGAGAGAGGACAGAGCUGGAUCCAAAGUGACUUUUGAAGUCACAGGAAACCUAAACACAAGAAGACAGACAUCCUGUGCUCGCGUGUCCGCGUCUGCCCUGUCAGAUGAGGAGGAGGAGGACAGAGACAGACGUACCGGAGGGAGAGCAGCACCAGCAGUCUGUCAAAGCGCCUCUUCUACCAACUUUGACGUUUCUUCUUGGCUUCAGGGGGGACUUCAUGUCUAAUGCUUAAGAUGGAGCUCCGAAAGAGAAAUGGAUCUGUUUUGGUUGGAGUUUAUCUUUGGGCGAUGUUUUACUAUCAAGCUUGUCAUGGCGGAGUGUACCAGAGGAAACUGUACAAUGAGCUGUUGGCAAACUACAACCGUCUAGAGAGACCAGUCCAAAAUGACUCUGCACCUAUUCUUGUGGAACUUGGCUUGACAUUGCUACAGAUUAUUGAUGUGGAUGAGAAGAACCAAGUACUGAUCACAAAUGCAUGGCUGCAACUGCAUUGGACCGAUAUUUAUCUGUCAUGGAACCCAGACAACUACCCUGGGGUUCAGAAUCUCCGUUUUCCUUCCAAUCAGGUUUGGGUUCCAGACAUCCUCCUCUAUAAUAGUGCCGAUGAGAGGUUUGAUGCAACUUUUCAUACAAAUGUGCUGGUUAAUGCGUCAGGCGCCUGCCAAUAUAUUCCACCAGGUAUCCUAAAGAGUACAUGCUAUAUUGAUGUCCGAUGGUUCCCAUUCGAUAUCCAGAAGUGUGACCUGAAAUUUGGCUCAUGGACCCACAAUGGCUGGCUACUGGAUCUUCAGAUGAUGGAUGUGGAUAUUUCUACAUAUAUACCCAACGGGGAGUGGGACCUUGUAGGUGUGCCAGGGAAACGCAAUGAGCUGUACUAUGAAUGCUGCAAGGAACCCUACCCUGAUGUAACUUUUACCGUCACUAUGCGCCGCAGGACUUUGUACUAUGGUCUUAACCUCCUCAUUCCCUGUGUGCUAAUUUCUGGAUUAGCCCUUUUGGUCUUUCUGCUUCCUGCUGACUCUGGCGAAAAGAUCUCACUAGGUAUUACUGUGCUGCUUUCUCUAACAGUGUUCAUGCUGCUGGUUGCAGAAAUUAUGCCUGCCACUUCAGACUCCGUUCCUCUUAUUGCACAGUACUUUGCCAGCACCAUGAUGAUUGUGGGCUUGUCUGUGGUGGUAACUGUACUGGUUCUACAGUUUCACCAUCAUGAUCCUCGAGGAGGGAAAAUGCCUAAAUGGGUUCGUGUCAUUCUACUGAACUGGUGUGCAUGGUUCCUCCGUAUGAAGAAGCCAGGAGAAGAAAAUAAAAUGACAAUGAACUCUAGAAACCCUCCAACUUACAAAUACUCUCACUCUCCUCUGCACCACACCAGUGCCACCAGCGUCCAGAUGAGCACUAUUCCAGGGCAGGCUUCCACGCAGGCAACUACAACCAAUGGAAAUAUGAACAUUUACUUUGGCUACCACUCUAUGGGAACAGACAACCCUACCUUACCACCGAGCACCGACUCAGGCUUGGUGACAUGUGGAGUUGGUGGAGAAGGAGGGGUAGGGGGAGGAAACCAUCACAGUGGCUCUCCCCAGCCUGAUAUUCACUCAGAUCAUACACGAACAUUGCUGUUGGAGCAAAUUCCUGAAAUUUCACUCAUCCUUGAGGAAGUGCAGUACAUAUCUAGGCGCUUCCGAGACCAGGAUGAGGGGGAGGAGAUCUGCAGUGAGUGGAAGUUUGCUGCUGCUGUGGUGGAUCGAUUAUGCUUGGUGGCUUUCUCUCUGUUCUCUAUCAUUUGCACAUUCACUAUUCUAAUGUCAGCUCCAAAUUUUAUUGAGGCUGUUUCAAAAGACUUUACAUAAGCUUACUUUGUUACCUCUCUGAGACGUAAAAAGAAAGAGUACUGUGGAAAGAAACAAACAUGAUUAAAUCUGUGCUAUACAAAGAUCUAUGACUAAUUCUAGUUAAAACCUCGGAUGUUGAUUUAUUGUUAUAACCUCUUUACAUAGAAUCCUUGUUAUGUUUUUACAUUUUUCUCUAUAAGGAAGAUAAUUUUCCUCUUUAAGGCUUUCUGGGAUGAUGAUGCUAAAUGCUAUUGUUAAUAAUGUAGAAAAUCACUUUGAUGCACUUUUCGACAUUAUCCCUAAUGCACCGCACACUUACCUGCUGUGACCACUGUGACUCCAUUUCUUCUCAGAAUAAGCUCCUAACAUUUGUUUCUCCCUUUGCCUAUUCUCUCUCCAUCUCGUAGUUUAUGCUCUGUUGAAGGGGAAUGCUGCUUUUUUUAUAUUGGGCCCUUGAUUUUACGUUAAUUACAUCAUGUUCUA